ACAAGUGAAGGCAAGACUCAAGAAACACCUCUCGAUUUACAAGAAAGAGAACAAGCUCAACUUACAACUAGAAAUGAAGACAGUCUGUGUUAGCUGGUUAGCCGAACAGCUCCGACACCAUUCAGACUCAGUCCUACUCCUGGACACACGCUGCAGCGAGGAGUACAAAGAUGGUUGCAUCGUCUCCGCUGUCAACGUCUACUGCUGCAGUCCACUCAUACUACGCCGUUUAAAGAAAGGGAACGUCAGUGUGGAGUCUCUCCUAUUGUGCGAAGAGGACAAAGAGAAGUACAGCAAGGCUAGGGAGAGCGAGGAGAUCAGUGUAGUGGUCUAUGACGAAGCUGGCAGUAGUAGUGGGGAGUCUGACUCGCUCACGUCUUCACUCCUCAAGAAACUGACCCGUGAAGCAAAGAACGUCAGCUUUCUCAGUGGUGGAUACACUGGCUUUAAAAACAGUUACUCUAGUAUGUGUACAGACUCUAAAGCUUCACUACUCAAGCAAGCUCGCCGCCCUAGUUCACUAGUACUACAACUACAGAACCUCAGCACUGUCUCUGACGACUCCUCUUCUGACUCUUCUAGCAGCGAUGAGUCUCCUUCCCCAGUACAAGAGAGAAGAAAGAUACCAUUUAUGAUCCUCUCUCAUCUUUAUCUCGGCUGUAGGGAAGCCGCCUCUGAUAUCGAGGCUUUGAGAGAGUCCGGGAUAUCAAGGGUCCUUAAUGUCACCUCCGAAGACAGUAAAUAUAGAUCUAUGGACUCCUUUACCUACUAUCAAAUACCAGUAGAAGAUGUCCACGAGGUUGAUAUGCUCCAGCACUUACCUGAAGCAUUUACCUUCAUAGAGGAAGCUCGUCUAUCAGGAGAGAAAGUGAUCGUACACUGUCAUGCAGGAAUGUCUAGAUCAGUUACAGUUGUCCUUAGCUACCUCAUGAAAUACUAUGGAUACACAUUCAACAGUGCCUACGAUUACGUUAAACAAAAGAAAUCCAAUAUCUCACCCAACUUUAGCUUUAUUCAGCAGUUGGUCCAGUUCGAGUCCAGCCUUCGUUCCUCUCCGGCUGACUCAGGGAUCGACUCACAAACCACCAGCCCGGUCGAGGCUAGCAGUAACAGUAAUUACUCACUUGAUGUUUUCAACUCUUCUUCAACCACCUCACUCACUCAAUCUCCCUCUAACUUUAGACGCUGUAUAUUGGCAGCGUAAUUCCCCUCUCUCUUUCUCUCUUUGUGUCUCUUACUUGGCAGUUCCCUCUCUUAUCCUUGUAUUAUAUUUAUUAUUAUCGAUGA